UGUUGCUGGAUAUACAGCCUUGACUGUAGUAAGUCAGUCACCAAAACACGAUCCCUAGAGUGCAGGGACAGCGAUCCAGACAGAAGAUUUCGUACAGUGUAAGCAGCCUACAGACCUUCUGAGUACACAUCGGAGCAAGUGUUCAUUUGUUCCCGGCAACAGGGUCACAGGUAACCUGCAAGAUUGUACAUCUUUCCACAACGGCAAAACCCUGUCAGCCACUAGACCCGCGGGAUAACCAGCAGUGCAUAUCUUACACACCGGCAUGACCACAGGAAAAUAGUACUGACAUGUGAAGAGUGUGUCUUAGGGUGAGAUGCUUACAGAUUCCCAACAUCCCCAACAAGCCAGAUCCAAACACACGGGUAUAGCUUGAAGGACGGUACCAUCAAAUCCGGCAACAAGAAACAAAAUGUCCGCAAAGAACGACCUUUCAAAGGAGAGGAUCGCAGAAAUCAAAGAGGCGUUUAAGAUGUUUGACAAAAAUGGCGAUGGUGUGAUUUCCAUCACGGAGCUGGGGACAGUUUUGCGAGCUCUGGGACAAAAUCCUACCAACAAGAACCUGGAGGAAAUGAUCAAACAAGCAGACAUCACACAGAACGGCGUCAUCGACUUUAAUGAAUUCACGAGACUCGUUUCCGUAAAAGGCUUGAAAUCUCAAGAGGAAGAAAAAGAAGAACUGCGACUGGCAUUCAAGAUUUUUGACCGCGACAACAGCAACUUUAUUGAUUCUGCGGAAUUAGCGGAAGUUAUGAAACGUCUAGGGGAAGAGGGUUUGACGCCAAAGGAGAUAGACGAAAUGAUUAAAGUCGCCGAUAAGAACAAAGACGGGAAAAUAAACUACAAUGAAUUCGUGGAGUUGCUCUGCUCGAAUUAAGACGUAGCCUCUUUCUGGAGUUCUGUGUUUCCUUGUAUUGCGGUAACUUGAAACUACAUCUUGCCAUAUUUCACGGAACUACCCCCAAAUCUGAAGGACGAAUCAAAAUUCACAUAUACGAUUUCAAACUCGACCAAAAUGUGAUUUCAGUGUAUUUAAGUUUGUAUUUUGAAUGUAUUUUUUAUGUUUAUUUAUUUCGCAUUUAGUUGAUGUAAUAAAGCUCUGUU